CCCUUCGCCCGCUCCGGCCCGGGGGGGGCUCUCCUGGAGCCGCUGCCGGGGUUCCCAUGGAGACGAGUGCCCUCUUAUCGGCGACAGUUGCCAUCGCGAUUGGUGCCGCCCUCCUCGCAGCGCUGCCGAGCUCGGUUGCCUUGCGGGCGACUGUCCCCUCCUGCACAGCCGGCACGCACCGCUGGCUGCCGGCGGUUGCACAUUGUUGGGAGAGGAUCCAAAGCACUCAGUGAGGUGUCUCUAAUCUCGACCUGUCGCCUGCUGUCGUGGACCGAAGGUGCCGUCUCGUGCUUCACCCCUUUGUAAUGUACCUCUUAAAAACCUUUCUUACGUAUAACUGAGCUGUUUUCCUGGUUUCCUGUGCUGUAGGGGGCUAUAUUUCAGUGAUAAUAUAUUCUCUGUUCUUUCCCCCGUGCCUGGAAUUGCUAUCUGAAGAGGUUUGUUCAGAUAAGGGGUUUUGGAAUGGGAAGUUUGCAGGCAAAAGUGGCUCUUCUCCCAAAAUCACUUACUGCAGGUGUUACUGCUGCAGAGGUAGGAGCUGCAGCAGGCAACAGGCAUAAAUGGAGAAAUUAGGAAAUAGUACUUUUUCAUGGAAACGGCUGCAAAUGGAACAUGUAUUCAGCAAGAGAAUAGAGAAAGCAAGGGGAAUUAAAGGUAUAUCCUGUCAAAUGAGGUUGCUUCAGUGAGCUAGCACAAAUAGAGGUCGUUUUUUGGGUAGCAAAAUAUUACCAGGCAUGUACUGACAACUCGUGGGACUUUAGUGAAGGGUUUGUAUUUGUAUUCAGUGAAGGUUGUACUGGCUCUUCCUUCAGGCGGUGCUGCUGGAUAUGACUUAAUUAAUUUGAAGACACGGGAUUUUGGUUUGUUGGUUUGUGUAUAAUGUUUGCUCUUGUGUUUAAGUGCUAAAAACUUUCACGUAAGUGCUCCUUCAUUUUCUUAAAUACCUUUUGCUAUCCGUUAAAUUUUAAUAAAGACUUGAGUUUCUUGGCAUGUAUUUUUAAUCAAAUUGAUUUAUGACAAUCUGGCUAAAAAGAUAAAGGUACUUGUACACCACACGAGUGUAGAUCCUUGGCAUGUGCAGUUGCCUGAAGUAUGAAGCACCUUAAGAAUUUCCAGGUGGUUUAAUGGUGCUGAAAUGGGACUUUAGGGAGAUUUUUCCUGCACCUGAUAAGGAAUCAAAAGAAAACCCCCUUAUGCUGAGAAGUCAGUGCACCCAUGUGUUCAGUCAGUUCCGUGGAUUUCCUGGGGUGGGUGGGUCUUUCCUUUGUGUGAUAUUCAGGGAGAACUGUCAGUCUGUAGUUAUCCUGUAGAGACUGCUCCCAGCCCUCCGGUAAUUUCAGCCUGAUCUGGUCGGGAUUGGGGGAUUUUCCACAGAAGAGGCAAAGGAGCAUUCCUGUGGGGCGUGUCUUUCAGAGCGCAGGGGUAGCUGAAUUAUUCCCAGCUCCGUAUCCGUGGCUGGAAUUGUCCUGUCUGUGAGUCUUUCAUAAUAACACUUCAGUAGCCUGACUGAUUUUAACAGAUCUGGCAGAAGUGAGAGUAUUUUUUAUGAGUUUAUUCAAGGUUGGUGGUUAGAACCACGAGAUCUCCAAGCCUUCAUUCCUUCAGGCACAGAAGGAGAGUUCAGGCUCCCACCCCCGGCAGUCAGGGGGCAGAAAAUCACCUAUUUCUACCUGGCUAACCAGCACUUGCAGUGGUUGAGGGAAGGAAGGAGGGAAGUAUUCGCGUUUUCUUCUUUUAAAAGAAAUCAUGGCUUCUAUUCUAUCAAUGAUCUGUGCCAUUUCUUUGAUCUACAGUGAUUAUUUGUCCCCUGCCCCCAAGGGAAAACAGGGCUCACAUUUUGCAGUCAGUGUUUUCAAUGAGCUGUAAUUUAAAUGGGUGUCCUGGGCUGCAUUGGGAAUGUUUGUUUUGUUAUAUAACGUGACAAUUUUGCAUAGUGCUUCAUCUUCAGCCUUGUAUUCAACUUGAGUCAAAAUCAACUUGUGUUUUUAACAGAAAAUGCAAAUAAGCCACUUUAAGUUUCCAGAUAUGAAGGAAAAUUAAAAAGUUCAUGUCAUCUCCACAAAAGAUAUGGGCAGAAAGAGCAGUAGCAAGAGGUCUGUAUAGGCUGUGCUGACUUCUGUCUAUUUUAAAUUUGUGUCAGGGACACACAUAAUGGGUCUGAGAUAUGCCCUAAUCUUAGUCUCUAUGGAAAAUCUCACCGUUCAAGAAAAGCAGGGUCAAAAAAAGACUACAAACAAAUGUUGCCCUCACAUUUGUCACACACUCAGCAUUUAGUUGGGAAAAUGACAUUUUGCAGUAAACGUUCCCGUUAUUUUUGUUGUUGUUGUUCUUUAUUACUUCCAUCUCCUGCCUUUCCCACGUGUUUGCCCUUCCACUUUGCAGCCUCCCAGCUGUGCCGGUUCCCAGCUGAGCAGUCCUGAGGGAGCAGCUCUGUACAGAACAGCCAUUUUGAGCCACACGCUCACCAUCUAUUGUUUUCCUCCAGAGAGAUCCCUGAAUACAUUGCACAGGUCCCGUGCCACAUUCGCAACCGUCGUGUUGAAUUGGCAACUAUUUGUUGAAAGAAAAUGUAAUCUAAAGCCGGGAGGCAAGAAAGUUACCGUUGUACGCUCAUGCCAACAAAUGAGCUAUUCUGGUUUUGUUUUCAGGAACAGUCGCAGCGUUUACUCAGCUGUUUCUUAACGAAAUGAAUGAGUUUACCCAGUGGUCUACCGUCAAUCUAAUAAUAAUUGCUGUUGUCCACUUUCGUCUUCUUUUCCUGCCACUUAUUUUAUUCACGAUCCAGUACGUUGUGCCUUAAAGCAAGAAAGUCUUAAUUUUUUUAGGGCUACGAGGCAAAACUGUGGCUUGUAAUGCGGUGAAAAUGCUAGGUAGGAAAAGCUGUGCAGGUGAAAAUCACUGCCUUCCUGGGCUCACUCGGUGCGGUUUGCAUUUGCAUGUUAAACGAUUCGGAAACUAACAAUUUAACUGAAGGAAAAGUGAAGGUGGCAGGUGAGCCUGGGGCAGAUCGCUGGCAGGCGUUGGUAAAUGUGGCUGUGUUGUUUGAAGCGCCCGCUAGCACAGCUGAUAGCCAGCUCUGUUUACUCUCCCUGGCGUUCAUCUGCUCGUUCUCAAGUUCCUUGCCCAGCAGGCUGCCCAUGGACACGCUGCAGUACUCCUCGCCAUGCAGGGAGCGCUGGCAGCAGAGAAAGGUGAGCAGCAGUGCUGGGCAAGGCCUCCCGAGAGACGGGGGACUCGAGAGGGUCCUCAGCCCCUGGUACUUGUGCAGGUCCAAACUGGUGCUGUGCUGCUGCUUCCUCCAGAUCGGGGACUGGUGCCCGCCCGUGUCCCCACUCGUUCAUCCCUGCGAGGAGCAGGGAGUCGGCUGCAGCUCAUUUGGGGUGUAGCAGGGGGUUAAUGAACACUCAGGCUGAGGAGAAAAAGGCAGACUGUCCCAUUCUCAUGUAAAUUAAUUUGCCAGAGACACAGACUGUGCUUGGCUGUCACACGUCACAGGCACAGAAAAUGCCGAGGCUGAACCUGACCGCGGUAUUUUUAGUUUCUGUGAGGAACUAUUGCCCACGCUUUACCGUUGCCUUUAGACCCGUGUUCUCCCUGACAAUCUGCUGUCCUGCCGUUCAGCCCAUCGUCCAGCAGCCGUGGUGUUACACCUCCAGGAGCCCCGGGAACGCUGCGGUCCUCCCUGGGGACAAGGACUGUCCGUACCCAUCCUGCGGUGCCACCGCAGAGGCCAAGCUGCUGCUGCUGGCGGAGCUCGGCUCCGGGGGUGGAACUCUGAGAGGAGGAUGGGCUCCUGGGCUCCCUCUCCUCUGCAGCCCGGGGGGCAGCACAGCGGCCAUGGGAGGGUGGAUUAGCUUGUUGUCGAGCCCUAGGAACCUCAUGGUCAUAAGCUACCACUUGUUCUUUGGAUCAGUUUCCUCGGUAAUUCUGGGAGAUGGCUGAGGAGUGGUUUUGACAAGAUGCCACUGAUUGCUUUCUCUCCACCGAAAGUGGUUUGGAGUUUGAGCCUCCCUUGGGUUUUACUUCCUGUGCUGAGAUGGUUGUAGCCUUCCCUGCUGUACCUGAAAGCAGCUGUUGUUUCUGUCUAGAUAGCCCAUCGAAGAUGUAGAUGAUGAGGAGGUGUUCUCCCCCUCUGCCUUGGAAUCGAGUGUCUCUGUCUCAGACCAGGGCAUUUCUCUAAGGAAAUGGAUAUGUCUGCCCAAAAAUACCCAGUCAAAAAGCGAGUGAAAAUUCAUCCCAACACAGUAACAGUGAAAUACACCUCUCAUUAUCCCCAGCCAGGAGAAGAGGGGUGUGAGGAUGUUAAUGAAGAUACUGGAGCAUUUAUGGAGGAUAACCCUAAGAGAAGACUACUGAAUGAUGGGAAAAAGAGAGAAAAGACUUUUUUUGGUACAAUAGACACCAAGCCAGCAGAACUGCCAAAACCCGAUGAGGUUGGACAAUCCCAGCACUUUCCUGAAGGAAACGUACUGCAGUCCAGGAAAACAUGGGCAGUCCUUUUUGGGUCUGCCGUGGCUCACGGAUGCGUGGCUCUGAUCACAAGAUUGAUUUCUGACCGUUCCAAAGUGCCAUCUCUGGAGCUGAUUUUCAUCCGCUCGGUCCUGCAGGUGCUGUCCAUCACUGCUGUGUACUACCACCACGAGCCUCCCUUCGGCCCCAAAGGCUACAGGCUCCGGCUCUUCCUCUAUGGGGUCUGCAAUGUCAUCUCCAUCACCUGUGCCUACACCUCCUUCUCCAUAGUGUCCCCCAGCAAUGGGACCAUCAUGUGGAGGGCCACCACCACGGUGUUCAGUGCCAUUCUGGCUUUUUUACUCAUAGAUGAAGGAAUGGCUUAUAUAGACAUAGUCACUGUCAUCGGCAGUGUGUUUGGCGUUUGUCUGGUCAUGAUCCCCAACAUUGUUAAAGAGGAGAACUCUUUGCUGAGCACCUGGAAGGAAGCUUUUGGCUAUACCAUGACCGUCAUGGCUGGCCUGACCACUGCCCUCUCCAUGAUAGUCUACAGGUCCAUCAAGGACAACAUCAGCAUGUGGACAGCGCUGUUCACCUUCAGCUGGACGGGAACAGUGUGGGGAGCGUCCACCAUGUUCCUGCUCCAAGAGCCAAUUGUCCCACUGGACGGGGAAACCUGGAGCUAUCUCCUUGCCAUCUGCCUGUGCUCCACUGCAGCCUUCCUGGGGGUCUACCAUGCCCUGGGCAAGUUCCACCCCACUCUGGUGAGCACUGUGCAGCACCUGGAGAUCGUCAUCGCCAUGGUCCUGCAGCUCCUUGUGCUGCGCAGCUUCCCAGGCACUUGUGAUCUGGUCGGGGCCGUGCUUAUUUUGGUGAGUGUUUUUUUCCUUGCGUCUUAUAAGCUUUCCUGGAAGGAAUUAAGGCGGCAAGAUUAUCAGGAGAUUGUGGAUUUGUCCAUUAAAUGAAUGUUCGUUUUCCAUGUCUGAUUCUGGCUGUGACCACGUGGAAGUGACUCCUUCCAGCUCCUGUGUCCGAGCGUGGUGCCCAGGCCCUCUCUACCAUUUCACUUCUUAGCAAUGUUGGCAUUUCCAGGCUCCCAUACCAGAUGGAUUUGUUCUGCUGCACACAACCAUUGUCAUACCCAAAAGAAGCACACAGGGUGCACAGCCAGCACAGGCUGGCUCACUGAGACGCGGGCCAAGCUCUUCUUGACCUUCUCUGGAUAAAGCAAUACAGAGGGACUCAAAAGUGACUCAUUCACGUGUGCUGUGGUAGUAGGAAGAUGAGCAGCAAAACCAUUCCAUUAAAACAGUCAACCCAAAUUGUCAUUUCCUCUAUAAUGCUUCCUAAGCUUUGGCUGUCGCAUUCUAAAUGGAGCAAUGUUAAAUUUCUGUGGCUAAAACUUGCAUUUCCUGUGAGUAUAAAGAAGAAGUCAGUAAAGCUUUUUGUGCUUUGUGGC